UUGAUCCGCACUGCUGUCUGCACCAAAUCUACCUUCCCUUUCUUUUCCUGACCACGAACAAGCUUUUAUUUCUAUAUAAUUAGGAGCCUGCCAUUCUAGCAAAGCACCAUCACAUUGCCACCAAUAAGUAUAUCAAGAAGCUUGGAUGCUCCUGUCUGCGGUGACCGACCCACCAAAUUCUGUCCUGAGCUAAAAAUUCUUGUAAUUUGCAAUCUUUGACACUUUACAAGUCAUUGAAUCUUGUUGUCUAGUUAAUCCUGCGUUACAUAUAUCAAUCUUUCCUGCAGUUUGAUCCUGCAUUCAUUUUGGUCUCAAGUCUCAACCCCUUCUGAAAGUUGACCUUAAUAUUAUUGAGUGAUGUAAAUUUUAUCACAGACCAACUGUUUCUCAAUGGCAAAUUCAUCAAGCCCGUAAAAGCCUAUAUUCUCACCUUCUUAGUGUUUGAGCCUUACCCUUUUGCAGACAACAGAAAAAAAGAAGAAAAUAGAGUUCUUUUCUUUUAUAAAACAAAAAUUCUUGAGCUCUCGUUGUGAUAAAAUCAUGGAAGAGACUUUCGUCCCUUUGCGCGGAAUCAAGAAUGAUCUUCGGGGAAGAUUAUUGUGUUAUAAGCAAGACUGGACCAGCGGAUUCAAAGCAGGUCUCAGGAUUCUGGCUCCCACCACUUACAUAUUCUUUGCUUCAGCGAUUCCAGUCAUUUCAUUUGGGGAACAACUGGAGAGAAAUACUGAUGGAGUAUUGACAGCGGUUCAAACCCUAGUAUCAACUGCAGUGUGUGGGAUCAUACACUCUGUCAUUGGAGGUCAACCUCUACUGAUUUUAGGAGUCGCAGAGCCUACUGUCAUCAUGUACACAUUUAUGUUUAACUUCGUCAAGGAGAGACCUGAUUUGGGCCGGGAUUUGUUUCUAGCAUGGACUGGCUGGGUAUGCGUCUGGACCGCAAUCCUGCUUUUCUUGCUGGCUAUCCUAGGAGCCUGUUCCAUUAUCAAUAGGUUUACCCGGGUGGCAGGGGAGUUGUUUGGUCUUCUUAUCGCAAUGCUGUUCAUGCAGCAAGCUGUUAAAGGACUCGUCGAUGAAUUUCGCAUCCCACAAAGGGAAGAUCGAAAAUCAAUAGAGUUUAUAGCUUCUUGGAGGUUUGCAAAUGGAAUGUUUGCUUUAGUUCUUUCAUUUGGCCUGCUGUUCACUGCACUAAGAAGCAGAAAGGCAAGGUCAUGGCGCUAUGGGACUGGUUGGCUUAGAAGCUUGAUGGCAGAUUAUGGUGUGCCCCUCAUGGUAUUAGUGUGGACAGGUGUUUCCUAUAUUCCAUCCGGAAGCGUUCCAAAAGGGAUCCCUCGCCGUCUUUUCAGCCCCAAUCCAUGGUCCCCUGGUGCAUAUGAGAAUUGGACUGUCAUUAAAGACAUGCUAAAUGUUCCAGUAUUCUACAUAAUCGGGGCUUUUAUUCCUGCAACGAUGAUUGCAGUGCUUUACUACUUUGAUCAUAGUGUAGCAUCUCAACUUGCUCAACAGAAAGAGUUCAAUCUGAGAAAGCCACCUUCUUACCACUAUGACUUGCUUCUUCUGGGGUUCUUGACUUUAUUAUGUGGGCUUCUUGGAAUUCCUCCAUCAAAUGGAGUCAUCCCACAGUCCCCAAUGCAUACAAAGAGUUUGGCCACUCUUAAGCAUCAGUUGCUUCGCAGUCGACUUGUUGCAACAGCACGCCAAAGUAUAAGAAAGAACGCCAGCUUGGGACAAUUGUAUGGAAAUAUGAAAGAAGCUUAUCAGCAAAUGCAGACACCAUUGAUCUACCAACAGCCCUCUGAAGGUCUGAAAGAAUUUAAAGAAUCGACCAUCCAAGUAGCUUCCUGUACUGGCCAUAUUGACGCCCCAGUUGAUGAGACAGUAUUUGACAUCGAAAAGGAGAUAGACGAUCUAUUGCCUGUUGAAGUGAAAGAACAGCGUCUGAGUAACUUGCUUCAAGCCACAAUGGUUGGAGGAUGUGUUGCAGCCAUGCCUUUUCUUAAAAAGAUCCCAACUUCAGUCCUCUGGGGUUACUUUGCCUUCAUGGCUAUUGAAAGCUUGCCUGGAAAUCAAUUCUGGGAAAGGAUAUUACUUCUCUUCACCGCACCGAGCAGAAGAUACAAGGUUCUUGAGGAGUAUCAUGCCACGUUUGUGGAAACAGUGCCUUUCAAGACAAUUGCAAUGUUUACAAUCUUCCAAACAUUUUAUUUGCUGAUAUGUUUUGGUCUAACUUGGGUUCCAAUAGCCGGCGUCAUGUUUCCCCUGAUGAUCAUGCUUCUAGUUCCAGUAAGACAAUACUUCCUUCCAAAAUUAUUUAAAGGAGCACAUCUUCAGGACUUAGAUGCGGCAGAGUAUGAAGAGGCACCAGCUUUACCAUACACUCUUGCAACAGAGUCAGAGCUAGGAGCAGGAGCUGUUCAGGCAGGAGAUGGAGAGAUUUUAGACGAGGUUAUAACUAGAAGUCGCGGAGAGUUCAGGCAUAUGAGCAGUCCUAAAAUCACAAGCUCAACUGCAACACCUGCAAAUGAUCCAAAAAGCCAUCAAAGCCCUCGUUUCUCAUCCUCAUAUAGUCCAAGAUUAAGUGAACUAAGAGGGGAGAAAAGUCCCAAGGCAAGUGGAAAAGGGGCUAAGAGUCCAAGAACUCCAGAACUAGGACUGUCUAAGCUAGGGAAGAGUCCUUCAAGUUCUGCACAAAAUUAGUGCAGAAAAUUUGGUAUCUCUAGCUGUUAGUAAGUUGAGGUAAUUUGGAUUGGUUUAUUUGCUUUAAGUGUCUCGUUUUGGUUGGAAUUGCUGUAAAAUCUUGGUUCUUAAAUGCUCUUAGAUGUCUUUUAGAGCAAGUCUGCAAACUUCGACAAGUAUACUAAUGUAUAUUGCUCAUUUCCAGAGUAAUCUGUUAAUAUCUGAAUUAAUCAAGAUAGUGCUUUAAACUAAA